AUGACAUGCGUGACUGAGCCCUUUCACAAGUGCUGUGCUCCCUGGCAGCGCCUGCAAUACUCGACGCACCUAGCUCAAGCUGGAGAUUGGGAAGGGUUGGAUGACUCCUCGUGGCGGCCCGACACAAGCGUGGAUACUGUGCAGCCACAGAAGGAGCAAAGAUUUGCUGACCGAAAGGGGAUGGUGCAAGUGAUCAUGCGAGAGAUGAGUGGCUGA